AUGGAGCUCAUUGCCUUUGAUCAGUCCCCAUUCAGCGAGAGGGCCAAGUGGGCGCUAGACGUCAUUGCUGACCGCGGCGGCCCGCCCCACACAACCAGCGCCUACCCCUUCAGCCCCUUUGCCGUGACCAUGCUCCCCCUGCGCCUGCGCAUCGGGAAGCUGCGCGGCCGCGUGACCGCCCCCAUCCUGCUCACCAGUCCCGGGGCGCCCGACAACGAGGUCAUUAUGGACAGCACCGCCCUGGUGCGGUGGGCAGACGCGCGCGGCGGCGGCGCGGCGGGCAAGGGCGGCUCGCUGUUCCCUCCAGAGCACGAGCAGGAGCUUGAAAGGUGGGUGACCGCAGCAAACGACCUCCUGUCUCUGUUCCGUCGCGAGCUCUCCGCCGCCGGCAAGGGGGACGCCGCCGCUUGCGACGCGCUGCUUCCGCCCUACGCCGGGCAGGGCAUCAAACGAGACGUGAUGCGGCGGCUCAUGGCAGGCGUUUUUGCGCGCCUGGAGGUCAAAUUCAGGGAGGACGAUGCAGGGGCGUCAGAGGAGAAGGCACGCGCCGACCUCACUGCCGCCCGCGAGCGGCUGGCCGGCGGCGGCGGCGGGCGCCUGCUCCUGGGGCCCGGGGCCGGCCUGACUUUUGCGGACAUCGCCCUGGCCAUCUCGAUCUGCCAGCUGGCGAUGAUGCGAGAGCUGCCCCUCACCUACAAGGUGCCGCCCGGCAGCGGCUUGACUGUGGCGUCGCGGGUGCCGGCGGUGGGGCGGCUGUUGGGGGAGUUCCCUGAUCUGGUGGAGUGGGCCGCGGAGACCAAAAAGAGCCACUGGCCGCAGCAGGCGGCCGCCUGA